UGACACACCAACGAGGAAGACGUCGCGCUCAUUCAGCGCUAGAAGCAGACUGAAGCUGCGCAAGUCUUAAGUUGUUUUGAUCUCUUAUUGUCAGGACUAGAGAGACAAUUGCUUAACUAUUGUAGCAAGCCACGUUUAAUGCUAUCACAGGCUUGAGCCAAUGGCUGAAUGGGGCGCGUAUUUUCGGAAUGAGGACGAGGAGUUGGAACAAGAGGAAGGCGAUGAGGGCGGAGUCGAUUAUAAAAACACUGGGCGUGACAGCCUUGUCUUCCUGGUGGAUGCGUCCAAAGAGAUGUUUAUAAAAGGGGAGGAUGGAGAGCCGUCCAACUUUGACAUGACAAUGCAGUGUAUACGUAGUGUGUACAUGAGUAAAAUCAUAAGCAGCGAUCGAGACCUGGUAGCACUGGUGUUCUAUGGUACAGAGAAGAGCAAAAACCCCAGAGAGUCCUUUAAGCAUGUUUACAUCUACCAUGACCUUGACUCACCAGGGGCCCGCCGGGUCCAUGAUCUCGACAACCUGCGGGGGGAUAAGGGUGCCCAGCUGGCAGCUCAGGAGAUGGGCAGCGGGCAGACGUCCCUGGGUGAUGCGCUCUGGUGUUGCUCCAACCUGUACAGCGACAUCAAGCUGCGCCUCUCCCACAAGCGCCUCAUGAUCUUCACCAGCCGGGACUCCCCCCAUAACGAUGACAGCAACCGAGACAGGACCGCACGCACCAAGGCUACAGACCUCAAAGAGACCGGUGUGAUCAUAGAUCUGAUGCACCUGAAGAAGCCAGAUGGAUUUGAUGUUGGUCUGUUCUUCUGCGACAUUGUGAGCCCUCCUGAAGAUGAUAGUGAACUGGGUCUCCAACUGGAGCCUUGUGGGAAGCUGGAGGACCUCCAGAAAAGAGUCCGAGCCAAAGACAUGAAGAAGAGAGCCCAGAGCAGGUUGACAUUCUCUUUGGGAAAUGGUGUGAAGGUGGCAGUGGGUGUCUAUGUGCUGGCAAGAACUGCCACCAAGCCCCCAGCCGUCCAGCUUUACAGAGACACUAAUGAACCUGUGCGAACUAAGACCCGUCUCUUCCACACUCAGACUGGCAGUCUUCUGUUGCCUAGCGACACCAAGAGGGCCCAGGUCUACGGACAAAAGCAGAUAGUGAUGGAGAAAGAUGAGGUGGAUGAGAUUAAGAAGUUUGAUGAUCCAGGCCUAGUUCUGAUCGGGUUCAAGCCCAUGAGCAAGCUGAAGACGCAUCACCACAUUAGGCCCGCAGUUUUCAUCUACCCUGAGGAGGAGCAGAUCUCAGGCAGCUCCUGUGUGUUUGUGGCUUUGCUGCACCGAUGCAGCGAGAGGAACGUGUUCGCCCUGUGCAGGUACAUCCCCAGACGGAACACCCCACCUCGCUUUGUGGCGCUGGUGCCCCAGAAAGAGGAGCUGGACCAGAGUCAGGCCCAGGUCAAACCCCCAGGUUUCCAUGCCAUCUUCCUGCCUUAUGCAGAUGAUAUACGUACCUUAGAUGUACACGAAGGUCCCACGGCAACAAGCGAACAGAUUGACAAAAUGACAGAGAUUGUGCACAAGCUUCGAUUCAAGUACAGGUGUGAUGCAUUUGAAAAUCCAGUACUGCAACAGCACUUCAGGAACUUGGAGGCUUUGGCCCUGGAUCUGAUGCAGCCAGAAGAUAUUGAGGAUUUCACCAUGCCAAAAGUCGAAAUGAUGGAUGGGCGUGUUGGACUGCUUGCUAAAGAAUUUAAGGAGCUUGUUUACCCAGCAGACUACAACCCAGAAGGAAAACCCGUUGCCAAGCGCAAACUCGCUGAAUCAGGAGGCGGGGCAGAAAAGAAACCCAAAGUGGAGGUGUCCGAGGAGGAACUUCGUGCUCAUGUAGAGAAGGGUACCCUGGGAAAACUUACAGUGCCUGUGCUGAAGGAAGCCUGCAAGCUGUUUGGAGUUCGCACCACAGGAACUAAGAAACAGGAACUUAUUGACCAUAUCACGGCUUGUAUAGCCAAAUAAGCUGUUUAAAUAGCCACUUGUGUAUGGUAUCAGGGUAUUGAGUUAAACAAACAAAAAAACAUGUAAGAUUCAAUUGUUAGUUUUGUUAUUGCAUAGUUGUUGAUUGUAAUAAAAUUACGGACGGCC